AUGUCCGCCAAAUCCACCGGACGCCCCGUCAGCGUCCUAUUUGUCUGCCUGGGCAACAUCUGUCGAUCUCCGAUGGCCGAAGGCGUCUUCCGGAAUGUCGCCGAUGCCCAUUCCAUCAUCGGCGAUAUCGACUCCGCUGGCACGGGUGCCUACCACAGCGGCGAAGGUCCCGACAGCCGGACCAUGUCCACCCUGCGCCGCCAUGGCAUCACCACCUAUGAUCAUGCCGCUCGUAAGGUCACCAAGGACGACUUCCUGAAGUUCGACUAUCUGCUCGCUAUGGACAAGCACAACCUGCGGGAUCUGCUGGACGUGCGAGAAUCGGUCAUCGCGUCGCUGCGCCGCAACCCCAAGUCUGCCGCGAAGAACACUCGGGCGGCAUCUGAGACAGCCCUUGGCACACAGGGAGAGAAUGCAAAGGUCGCAGAGGUGCGCCUGUUUGGUGACUUUGGGAAAGGCGGAAAGCUGCACGAUCGCGUCGGCGGCGGCGAGGUCGUGCAGGACCCCUACUACGGCGGUGCAAACGGCUUCGAGGAGGUCUACCAGCAGGUCGUGAGAUUCUCACAAGGUUUUAUCGACUAUCUCGAGAGCCAGGAAUAA